GACUAAAACAUGACGAAAUGUGUGUGAGUUUUCGUUGACGAGAUGAGACUGUACGAAAAUGUUUGUCGGUGGUCCGUCAAUAAUUUAGAAUGCACAAUAUUUCUGCCCAUUGGUCACACCCACUGCUACCCAACCGCGCUGAUGCACCGCGCGCUCACCUUUGACUUCAUUUCAAACUGGACCAUGGCAGAUGCUGCACGUUUUACGAAGGGGCUCGGUGGACGCAAACCCAGAAAGGAUUUAUGGACUUAUUUUGUAUUUAACCCAACUGAAAGAAGAACCGAAUGUAUCGUCGAGGGAGACGGAGGUAAAUGUGGAUUUAAACUUGGUGGAAAAAACACGACAAAUCUUAAGCGGCACCUGAAGGCUCACCACCCUGAUAUUUUUUCCAAGAUCCCAGAGAUCCUAACUCCUAAAGAGAAACCUGGUGGUCCAAAGAACGACAGGUCACAGUCAUCUAUACCAGCAGCCUUUGCCGCAGGAUCUAAAUAUAAAACAGAUUCUCAGGAACAACAUGCCAAAGAACAGGCGAUUGCUCUUUGGAUUGGACGAACAGGUCUACCUGCUUGCACAGUUGAGGAUGAAGAUUUCAUCCUUAUGAUGGAGACCUUUGAUAAGAGGCUCACCAUACCGAAAAGAACAAAAAUAAACAACUUGGUUGACAAGAUUUAUGAUGGUGAAAAGCAAAAGUUCAAAGAGAGGCUUGCAACAGCACACAAAAUAACAAUUGGACUGGACAUAUGGACCAAAAAAGGCCUUACAGCAUCAUUUCUAGCAAUUAGUGCAUGCUUUUUUUUGCACUGUUGAAAACAAAGC